CAUCGUUUGUAAUGGGGGUUUUCAGAACAGUGCAUUUGGUUUUUAGACAAAAACCUUGGGAUUGUUGACAGGAAUUGGAAGAUUUAACGUCCAAUUUUGCUUCAGAAUUGUCGAUUAUUUGCAAUUUUCGGUUUCUGUUCCUUUUUUAGUAUCUGAUCAGUCGAAUGGGGUUUUGCUUUCGCUCAUUUUGUUUGAUAAUUAUUGUUUCUCUUUUUGAUUUUCCUUGUGUUGUUCUGGAUUUCUUGGUGGAUUCCUCAUUUCUUCUUCCCUUCUUCUUCUUUCUGGCUAAAUUUUUGCUUUGAGAGAUUCGAUCUCAGAUUCUGCGCCAAAUCUCUUCAGAAAUUCGUGGAUGAUCGAGAAUCUCCCCAAUUUUCUGUUCCGAGUUCUUGAAUUCCGAUCAACCUUCAGCUGUUUGCAGAUUCCUGCAUAGAUAUAGGAAACCAUCCGUUUCUCAUGGAUUUAUGUUUCGUUGUUUUCGAUCAUCCACUCAAAGGUUUUCUAUCUGAAAAUCUUUCCUGUGUUGAGUUCAUAAUUUAUAAUGACUGCAUGCCUCAUCUCUGAUGCUCAAGUAAUAUUGUUUUGCAUGGGGUUUUCCUCUUUCUGGAACGUCUCUCGGUUAACCUGCUUCAUCCCAUCAUCACUGAAGUUUGUUUAAAUUUGGGUUUUAGUUUGAGCGUCAGUCUCUCUGUUGAAAUUCCAAGUUCUGGGUGUGUGCAUGUGCGAGAAUGUGCUUUUUUGGCCUUGAUUUGUGUCAAUAUAAGCCUUGGAAUUGUGAUGUUGAGGCCAGAAAAUGCUUCAGAACUUUUGUUUCAUUGGUUUGUUUCCAAUUUGAUUUCUCUAGCUUGUAAAACAGAUCUAGUUUGAGUUUGGCAUUGGAUCCUUUGGUUUCUCUGGGCUUCUUCUUUUAUUGUUUCCCAAUGUGGUUUGUUGUUCUGUUCAUCUGUUCAUCUGUUCAUCUCUUUUCCUUUACAGGAAUUAAUUUGUGCUGUGACUUUGUGAGCAGUAGUCACAAAGUUGAAGUGUGUUGAUCUCUGUGUACUGUUCAUAUUUGUGCUAUGACUUCUAAAAUAUGGUGCUUCAGAAGAGGUUAGAUUAUGGGUUUCAUGACUACCAAGUGCCAACAAUGCCUCGAGCUACCAGAUCGGCGAGGAAGAGAAGUAUAUGUAAAAAGGGCACUGAAGGUAGUCAAAUGCGUGCGUUCGAUUUGUUGGCCACUGUUGCUGACAAGUUGUUGCAUGGGACAGAAGGUCCUACUACUAAUACUAUCGAUACAUCAACCGAAAAAGAUAGGUACACGGUUGUGGACAAAGAAUUGAAUGUGGACAGUUUGUGCAAAGUAGAACCUUCUCAGGGCUUUGUCUCAGAGCUUGUUUUAUCUGGUCAUGAUAAAAAAUGUGAAUCAAAGGAUUGUUUUCCACAGCAUAAUGAGCAUGUUGAACAUUCGCUGCCAUUAGCUUCUGAAGUAACGAAUUUCGAAAUGGGAAAUUUAGCUAGCGAAGUACGUGUAGGCUCCCCCAUUAGCAAGGAGUCCGAUAACUGUGAAUUGGAUGGUAAGAGUGAAGUUAUAGUAAAAUAUGAGUUGCUUAAAACUGAAGAGGUGCUUACUAGAACUCAGGAUCGGGGGGAUGACUCAUGCAAGAGAGAGGAUCCCGUUAUCUGGGACCAGAAAGCUCGUGUGUUGGGAAAUUCGGUUAGUUGCGGCAAGGUGAUUCACAACAAACAGAUUGUUCAGAACUCUUAUUUUGCAACUCAGAAUAAUGUAAAAGUAGUUGAUAGAGAUGAUGACGAAAACUCUUCUGGGUGUACUCACCCAGUCUCCUCAAUAAAGUCCUUUAGGACAGUACCUAGUAGUAGAGACCGAAGGAUAAAGAAAGUAUCUGCUUCCAAAUCUUGGAAAGUAGUUCCAAGAUAUAGGGAUGAAUCACUUUCUAAGACUGAUGGCGUUUGGAAAUCAUUGUCGUGCUGUAAGAGCUCUCAUGACAGUUGCAGACCCCAGAAAUCUCAAAUGAAUAUUCCUUUUAAAAAGAGGAAAUUCUUCGACUGUAGUAGCUCAGUGUCGAAUUCUGAUGGUGGAGUUAACUCAGAGGGCAUUUCUGAUUCAAAUGGGAAGGUUGCCAAGAUGGAUAGCUCAGGGAGAUCGUGUUCUGUAUCAGGUCACGGCCAUCACAAAUCUUUCCAAUCCAAGGAUUCUCAUGUGAAAAUUAGGAUAAAAUCUUUUAGGGUGCCAGAGCUCUUUAUUGAAAUUGCAGAGACUGCAACUGUUGGUUCAUUGAAGAGGACCGUUAUGGAAGCAGUGACGGCUAUACUUGGCGGUGGAUUACGUGUCGGUGUUCUUCUUCAGGGGAAGAAGGUUAGAGAUGACAAUAAAACUUUAUUCCAGACUGGAAUCUCUCAUGACAACCAGCUCGAUUCGUUGGGAUUUGCCCUUGAGCCUAAUCCUUCACGAACGCCUCUUGUGUUGUGCAAAGAAGAUUCUCCAUGUAUUCUUCCAUGUGAUGCCCCGGAACCACUAACCAGGUAUUCACCGGAUGCCUCUGCAGAUCAUCCAGGCAGUAGCAAUGUGUUGCCUGAGCCUCAUGGAGACUCUUUAGGCAAUUUCAUUGAAAGUGAUCAUGAUUCAGCCCCCUCUCCGACUGAUACGUCAAAUCACAAAAGCACGGUGGACUCUAAAGCGCUGGUCACUGUACCAGCAAUGACAGCAGAGGCGAUUUCUGUGGUUCCCAUGCAUCGAAAAUCGAAGCGGUCCGAGGUUGCGCAGAGGCGAAUUCGUAGACCCUUCUCUGUCGCUGAAGUGGAGGCAUUAGUUCAAGCUGUUGAGAAACUUGGUACAGGAAGGUGGCGAGACGUUAAACUCCGCGCAUUUGACAACGCAAAGCAUAGAACUUAUGUGGAUCUGAAGGACAAAUGGAAAACACUGGUGCACACAGCGAGAAUAUCCCCACAGCAAAGACGGGGAGAGCCCGUGCCACAGGAGCUUUUGGACCGAGUCUUGACCGCACACGCGUACUGGUCGAAGCAGCAAGCUAAGUACCAGCUGAAGCGCCAGCCCGAGAGGUUUCUCCUUUGAGUUGGUUGGUUGGUUAUAUAUAUAUAUAUAACAUAUAUAUAUAUAUAUAUAUAUAUAUAUAUAU